UGCCAUCAACAUCGAUAAGGGCAGGAAAUACUAUCAGAUGGGACCAGAUGAAGCCAUUCCCAAAAGGCAUUCCCGCAAAUAAAAUGUGGGAGGAAUGGACAAAGUACAUUGAGAACUUUGAGAUAGCCGCCUCCCUCUCAAAUGCAUAUGAUCCUGUACGUCGUUCGCAGUUGUUAUUCCUCUCCAUGGGCGGAGAGCUACAGAGCAUCGUUCGCGCAGCAAGGUUGAGACCCAACUUGAAAGACGAGAAUUGCUAUGCAAUUUUUACUGGCAACAUAGAAGGUCAUCUUCGAUCUAUGACAGACACUGCGGCUGAACACCAAGCGUUUUCAUGUAUGCAACAGGAAAGAGAAGAAUCCAUAGUCAACUUCCAUGCCAGGUUGAUGGAAAAAUACGUCUUUGCCACUACAGUGCCAAUGAUCAGGAACGGUUUGUCCGAGCACAAUUGCUCAAGGGCAUGUCUAACAGAGAGCUUGCAAGAACCGCGAGAACGUUCGGCCAUGAAACAAAUUUUAUUGUUCAGUCUGCCACCAGAGACGAGGCAUUUCAGAUGGAGGAAGCUCGGAACAAGACCACACAGGACGUGAUGAUAAAUCAAGUUCGCAGACAACUACCCAGUGCACCAUUUAAGCGGCGUGGUGGACAGGAUUCAAGUUUUGGUCAUCGCAACAAGCAACAACGUUUGAAUAUAAGUUAUCCUAACAGUCGUCGUGAUCGCUGUUCCCGAUGCAAUCGAUGGGCCCAUUGGAACCGACCAUGUCCAGCAUUGAAGCUGAAAUGCAAUACUUGUGGUUCUACUGGCCACUUUGCGGCCGCUUGUCGACAGAAUCGUAUCAAUAUCAUUCAAGACAAUCCGGAACAACAGGAAGUUACAGUUGAAACAAAAUUGGAAGAGCUGAAUGCGCUUUCCCUUGAAGACGUGCUCAUAGAUUGUCGUUUGGGUUCAACUGUUAUCAAGUUCCUCGACGAUUCGGGAGCGGACGUUAACGUCAUCGGAGGGGCCGAUUGGAGUAACCUGAGAAAAUACUAUGAUGCAGGACUAACGAAGUUGACGCCAACUAUAGUUGAAAAGGGAAGAGGAUUGCAAGCCUACGCUACCAGUGUUCCUAAGAUUAUCGAUUUUUCUUUCCGAGCGGAAAUAGAAUCAGCAGCAAGUUCAAUCACAGCUGACUUUAUGGUGGUACAAAAAGGGAAACGGUCGCUCUUGGGAAGGUCAACAGCAAGUGACCUUAAGCUCUUAUUCAUUGGCUCACAAAUCAACGACUGUCGAGAGACUCAAGUUGACAUUUUUCCCAAAAUGCCAGGCGUCAGUGUUAAGUUUAGUGUCGACACUUCUGUCCCACCUACUAAGAAUGCAUAUUACAACAUUCCGGCUGCCUAUCGCGAAGGAGCUCGUCAUCGCCUGCAAGAAAUGCAAGAUAGCGGAAUAAUCGUAAGGGUAACAACAGCUCCUGGCAGGAUCGCCAAUGUAAUACCCAAUCCGGGAAGCGGAUACCUGCUAAUCUAA